AUGAAACGACUGACGGUGGGCAAGAGCCGCAGUUUCAACGUGACCAGACGGACCAAGAGCAGCAGCAACAAGAAGAUGGUUCAUUCGUACGACGACCUGCACAUCCACCGUUACAAUACUAAUCAUAGUCACGAUGGUGGCAACGACAGUGACAGCGACAGCAGUGUGCGAGCACGUGAUCCUACUAUGAAUAGUAGAGGAGCAGAGGAGGAAGAGCAAGACCAACUGGAUUGGAGCAGUUGGGCCAGAAGUAUUGGACUGCCGUUGGCGUUUUCCAGUGCGAGUACUAGUACUACCAGCUCGAGACGCACCAAGAGUCAAUUCCAACCGUCCUAUUUGCUCCAGAAACGCAAGGAAGCUCUGGUCCUAGCGCAGCAACAUCAGCAGUCGUCUCUCCAAGAGUACUUUCAGCUGUAUGCUUCGUUUCGACGUGCACGACAGCAGCGACACUCUUCUUCCUGUCUGGCGCUCUUUUGUCUAUUGGCUGCUUGUUAUGCGCUCUUUACUCUGGGAACAACGUCCACUACUUCCACUGCAACAACAGCCACGCAUAUUCCAUACAAAAACACACUCUUCCCAGACACGCCCUCUCUGUCAGUUCCUUCUACUUCUACUUCCACUUCUUACUACUACUACUACCUCAACUUGAAAGAAUCCGAUCCCCUCGAAAUGAUUGCCAAAAUGCUCACCCUCCAUGCUUAUAUUUACCAACUCGAAGAACCACACGGUAUUUUUGCCGGUGUCUGUGGUUAUCCCACCUUUCAACCCGAUGCUCUUCAACAAGCACGGCAACUCCUCGUCGAACUCCAUCUCGAGACGCUGCUUCAAUUUGAUGUCUGUCCACCGAUUGCCGCCAUUCAAACGGGAGAUCCUCAUUUUGUCGUCUUGGAAGAACCUCAAGUCGAUACGUUGCCGCGGUUGGAUUUGUUUACGCCCGAAUGGAAAUUGCACAUGACCGAAACACGACAAGCACGAUGGCAACAACGACAGUUUCUGCAACAGCAGGGAAUCUUGCAAUCGCCCGCAGCCACUACAACGACAGCCGAUAGUGGAACAGCCGAAGAGGCACUGUGGAAACAGAUUAUUGGAGAAACGACAGAAGCAAAAACGGAAACCACACAUUUGCGUCGGAGAUGA